AUGUCUUUAAGAUGUUUUGCAUCAUCAGUAACACAAAAUUUGAUUACUAUCGUCACCGGCAGAAACAAGCUGAUUUUUACUUUUUCAUUUUCAGAAGAGGCAGACAGGCUUUGGCGUUGUCUGGAAUCGUUGGCGGAUGACGUUAAAUCAGCUGCCAAGCGGAUGCAAAGCUUGCUUCAGGCUGACAGGCAAUGUGGGGGAACCAUUGUAAGUCCCGAGAAGGGAAACAUACUUCCAUGGCUACGGUGGGUGUGGUGCACCUACCUUACGGUGGAGACAAGCUUGGUUCUACCAAUCUUGUUGAGAUGGGACCCUUCAUUGAGUCCUGAGAAGGGGUACAUACUCGGCGGGCUAGAUACCCGACCUUACGGUGGAGCCGUUGUGAUCUGCAUGCCAGCUUCUUCUUAG